UACCCAGUUGCCAGCUCUCCCAUAUUGCUUAGCGCUGUGAGUGUGCUGAAGUGUACAGUAGCUACUACGGCUGUCCUUGCAAUUUAGUUCUAGUAGUUGGAGAAGGUUUAAGCUUCGCAGACUCCUGAGCGGCGGAGGCAACAGAAACGGGAUCUGACCUAAAUAAAUAGUCAAUACUUCUGGUCGGGGAGAACCAAGGACCCGGACGCGGAGAGUAGAUGAGGACUUAGGACAGGAAAAGUGGAUCGAAAUUUCAAAACUGACUUGUAAGCGAUGCGCUGGCAGCAUGGCCAAAUGGUUCAAGGAACACCUAGGGUUCAAAACCACCAAAGCGCCACCUCCGGCUCCCCCAAAGCCGGACUACAGGCAUUGCCUCUCCGCUGUGUCAGGCAACCACCAGCCAAGCUCGGCGGCCACUUGUCACUACCCGAGUCCCGCACAGCCGGACAUUCUAGCAGCUUACAAACUACAGAAAGACAUGGAUUUCGAGGACCCUUACACAGGAGGUGGAAAUGUUUCACUCUCAACAGGUUUGAGUUCUUUGGGCUCGCCAGAUAUAAAAUACGUGUCACCAAAGCACCGUCUUAUCAAGGUGGAAACGAUCGAGAAAACCAACUCGACUCCAGGCAGCGGCAUACUACCAGCCACAGCGGUUUCUGCUGUGAACGUGAAAUCUCCUACUUCCCCUCCCGCUGAGCAAGAAAACAAACAAGAAAAGCCUAUUAUCCUGGAGGACUAUGCUGACCCUUUCGAUGCCAAACAGACAGGCGGGACCCAGGCCACCACAGAGAAAGUCCCGGAAAACGAUGGCUACAUGGAGCCCUAUGAGGCCCAGAAGAUGAUGGCAGAGAUCCGAGGUGGGUGGGGACCGAAGGACGGCCCAGGGCGGCAGCAGCUGCCCCUGUAUGACACGCCCUACGAGCCGACGGAGAACGGGGGGGACCUGGACCCGGAACGCUCUCGCUGCCCCCGGGAGAGCAGGCUGCCCCAGGACGAUGAGAGGCCCCCCGAAGAGUACGACCAGCCCUGGGAGUGGAAGAAGGACCGGAUCUCCAAGGCCUUCGCAGCCCUGCUUUGUUAUGACUGCAUUAGCUACGAGGGCACUGUACCCGCCAUUGGAUCAGACUCCCAGAAGAGAAAGGAAGACAGCGUCACUAAACCCCCCAAAGUAGAGAUUAAAGUCAUCAAGGACCUGCCCUGGCCUCCCCCGGUCGGGCAGCUCAACAGCAACAGACCAUUAGUCGAGGGUGUGGAGGCUCCACCCCCACCGGUACAGCCUGCCCUCAGACAGGCUAUCUGCGACCAGCAUCAUCACGUGCAGUUUGACGGCGUGGAGAAGCCCCAAAUCUCGCCCACCAAGGAGGGCAAGGCACGUUUGUCCCAGAGGCACUCCAGCGGCUGCCUGGUGAACACCAAACUGGGCUCACUGGACCACUGUGCCCCUGCCCUAGGAGAGCGAAUCGACCCCUCCAUGCCCCUUGAGAGCCAGUUCUGGUACCAUGGAGCAAUCAGCCGGAUCGACGCGGAGUCCCUGCUGAGACUGUGCAAAGAGGCCAGCUACCUGGUCAGGAACAGCGAGACCAGCAAGAACGACUUCUCCCUGUCCCUCAAGAGCAGCCAAGGCUUCAUGCACAUGAAACUGUCCCGGACCAAAGACAACAAGUACGUCCUGGGCCAGAACGGCUGCCCCUUCGACAGCGUGCCCGAGAUCAUCCACUUCUACUCCAGCCGCAAGCUGCCAAUCAAAGGGGCCGAGCACAUGUCCCUGCUGUACCCCGUGGCUAUCAGAACACUGUAGUGCAGCUGCGCGGCACGCCCGCAGAGCCCGCAGGACACGGAAAAGAGGGGUCACCCCAGGGGCAUGAACGACUUCCCCUCUGGGCUCCACUCCACUUCCCCUCACCAGAGUCCUGGCCCUAACUGGUCAGAGGGAGUGGUGAGGAGCAUAUAGGUCAAAGGUCAGAGGGAAAUGGGCGGGGGAUGGUUACACUGCUGCGGCGGCUUCUCUCGUUAACCCUCCACCCUGGUCUCAGAGCGGAGUCUUUUUCUCCAUCUCUCACCGCAUUCCUAAGACCUCUCCACCGGAAUGUAUGUGAGGAGCCAAAGAGCUCAGCCAGUGCCAGCUCCCCACACCUCCUCUUCUUCAAGUUGGCCCUCUCAUUAUUUUGAAGCAAGGAAGUAGAACAUUUUUUUUAAACGAGUUAUAUUGUGAAAGUUACUACUGUUUUUUUUUCCCUUUACAUUUUGUUCAAUCAAAUGUGAUGCUUGUAUUUUGUAGUACUUGUGUGUUUCUCUGCCACCAUUUGUUGCUUACAGUGCAGUCUUUACACACUGACCAUCUUUUCGGGGGAAGGAACCUUCCAGAAAUCAUGUAGCCUGUAUCUGACUAAAGGGGUGGAGCAGGAGUGGCCAAUGAGAAUCCAUGAGCAUGUUUCAAGCCUAUCCCCUUUUACAUGUUUUGUUUCCCCCGUUCAUCUUUCGUUAAUGUAAUUGCUCUUAUUUCGGUUUGGUUGUGCACAUGUGACAAUAAAUUAUUAAAAAAUAAGAUAAUAAAAUAAUAAACAAUAUGAUGAAAUGA